CAGUGCUCUCAGCACUGGUUUGCCUCGCUCCCCUGCUCCAUGGUGCGGUAAUGAGGACCCCUGGGGGCUGUGAUCACCCAGUGCUGGUGCUGCUGCUCUGACUUUCAAACCCGUUUACUUUCUUGGUGUUGGAAGUAAAAUGUUUGGUCUGUAAAUGUAUGCUUUUAUUAGUUGAAUUGUAAUUUUUUUUUUAAUUUUCUAACAGUAGGAAGAUAUGUUAUCCUGUGGUAGCGUCUUGGAAAUGUUGGUCUUUCACAGAGCUGUUUUAUGAAUCUUCAAAUAAACUUUUUUUAAUUUCAAGUGUUUCUAAUUUCUCUUUGGAUUGGUCACUUGCAGUGGUGUCCUAUCACGCACAUUUAGGCGUGUUGCUAGGAAGUUUUGCAGUGCUGACGUGGAGAUGCUUUGUUCCUCUUGAAUUCUGAGGCCUGUUCCAGCCCAUGCAGCCGGGCUCAGGGCUGGGCUGGGUUUCCAGCCCCGGGCUCCCUCCCUGCUUCAGCAGUGCUGGUAGCGCAGCUUCGCUCCUCAGCAGGAGGUGCAGGCACUGCUCCCUGUUGUGGCUUCCAGAGGCAGUGCUGGGUGUGCACGCUCUUGGUUAAAAACACAAGGCUUCCUCUGACAUCAGCAUAGAAACCAGUUUAAAUUUCCUUUUUCUCCCUUUUUUCCCUUCGCUUCUCUUUCUGCUGUGCAUGGGAUCGGUUUCUUGCUGGUGUUCCUGGUUCUGUGGAAGCAGAGCGGCGGGGGCAGCGCCGAUCCCGGGCGGAGCGCGACGGCUUCGUGCGGCAACGGCUGGAGCUGCUGGCCUCGUGUCUCGGAUGGAAACAGCUGCGGCAAAAGCCGAAGCGGUCGAUAAGCGGUAACGAGAGCCACGAGAACCCCGCCCGAGGGCAGCUCCCCCAGGGCUGGGCCGGGCCCGGGCACAAAAGCUGGGAAAUCGAUCCGGCGCCGUGUUAGGGACGGCCUAUGGGAGCGCGGAAGGCUUUCACGAACAGCUCCGUGAGGUUAAUUAGCUACUGCACUUUAUUUGCCGGUGGCCAUUACCCAGAAGAAGAGCCGAGAUGUUGUUCUGAGUUUGAACAAUGGGAUCAUCCUUUGCCAAACCGCCCCGAGGCUGCAAACAACCUUUUGCAGAAUAACGUUUGUACCCGGGACCUGGAAGCGUCGUUCGUGCUCCUCUGGUUGCCGCGGGAGCCCCCUGGCAGCCAGCCCGGAGAUCCGGCGCGGGGAUGGCAGAAGCGGAGCGGUCCCCGCCAGAGCCUGCCCCGGGGGAGGGCUCACACGAGCGGCGGUUCCCUCCCGGGGGGGUCCUGCCGUGCCUCCAUCAGCCGCUGCUUCGCUGCGUGCGAGGAGCGACCCUCGCUGUGUCUGUGCGCGCUGCGCUCCGCUGCGGUGCGGGGAAGCACGGCGUGCUCUGAUGCUCGGGCAGCCAGGAGCGCUGCUGCGGGCGCCGUGCUCCUGUCCCCGUUCUUUGGAGCCGCGCUGCGCUCGGGCUGCCCAGCGGGAUGCGGCCGUGCCCGGCUGCAGGAGCGGGAGGGGGCUGCGCUCCGCCCUGCGGGGGACGAGGUGCUUACACCGGGGAGUAAAGAGCUCGCGGCUCCCCCCGCGCGGCCCCAGCGGGGCUUGGGCCGAAUCCAUUCAGUUUGCGUGUGGCUCCCCGCUACCUUCAAUAGGCUUUGCGUGCGGGCUCUCGCUGGGAUUUACACGCGCUCUAAUGACACGCACAGGGAUUAUUCAAAGCCUUGCCCUAGUCACUCCCGCUAAUUAGCUCGCUAAUUGUUACUAACUGUGGAAAAAAAUGUGGAGAGCGUCUGCAGAUCGCAUUGACCAAGCGCGGCUGCCCGUCACCCCCAGGGACACGCAGGAGCCCCUGGGCGCUGCCCCGGGCCUCGCUCCUGCAGCCCUGCCUGCACCCGGCGUGCGCUGCGGGCCCCGCUGCCUUCCCGAGUGCCGAGCAACUUCCAAUCAGCUUCUGCCCGAGUAAAUUCGAUUUCUACAGCUGCUGUGUGACUGGGGGGGAGCGGAGGGCUCCUGCUGAUGCUCCUGCAGCGGCUGUGGCUGGGAGGCACCGUCAGGGUGGAGAUGUGCUCAUUAAAUCCCGUGUGUUUUUCA